UUUCCCUUCCUCUUUGUUGCAUUCAUUGAUUUGAUAUUUUCUUUCAUGAUAUAGAUUCAAAUCUAUUAAAUAAGGGAUUCUUCCAUAAUUCUUUCCCUUUUUUUGGUUUUUGGUCUUAUCAAUUUUUCUGUUUUAAUCAUCUUUUAUUAAUUUUGGAAACUUAUGAUUGAUUCAUUUAUGCAAGCUAAGAAUUGUUGGAUGCGGUUGCGUUGAAGAGUGUUUGGUGCCUCUCAUAUUUACCUGCAUAAACUCUAUAUCCUAAAAAUUAUGUGUUCGAGUCUUAUGGUGUGCAAAUUUUGGCCAUGGUUUCACUCUUCAGCUCAACAGAAGCCAAAAAGAACAAUUCUUAGCUUGUGUGUCAGCGCACUAAAUAUACUUUGUGACAACUAUGAUACAAACUCUUCAAUUCUGAAUUUCUUCAGCAGUAUUCAAAAAAAAAAGUUCAAUGGCAGAAUGUGGGAAUUCUCAGUGGGUUUAUAUAUGAUCAGUGUUUGGCCUGACUCCUUACUCCUUGUUGCAAUUUAUGGUGUUGUGGAAUCAUCCUCUACUGCACUAUUUGGUCCAAUCCUUGGACGAUGGGUGGAUAGGCUGACAUAUGUAAAGGUUCUUCAACUAUGGUUGGUAACCCAGAAUCUCUCCUUCAUAAUUGCUGGAGGUGCAGUAGUGGCCUUACUGGUAUUUCCAAGCCUGAAGUUCACAAAUAUAGUUGCAUUCAUCGCCCUGGUGAUAUUGACAAACAUCUCUGGAGCUGUUGGUGUGCUUUCAACAUUAGCCGGUACCAUCCUGAUUGAAAGAGAAUGGUUGGUGGUAAUAUCUGAAGGCCAUCCUCCCAAUUUACUGACUGAUAUGAAUUCGGUUAUUAGACGAAUUGAUUUAACCUGCAAGUUAGUUGCACCAGUUAUAAGUGGCUUCAUUAUCAGCUUUGUAUCACUGAAGGCAUCGGCUUUGAUGUUAGCAUUGUGGACAACUAUAUCCGUAUGGGUUGAAUAUUGGCUUUUUAUGUCAGUGUACAACGGGAUCCCGGCUUUAGGCAUAAACAGCUGCCGAAGGAGGAUUUUGCAAGUUUCACCAAGUAAUCAUGUGGAAGACACCAUUUCGACUUCUCAGGAAAGAAAUAGUUUAGUAUCCAAUGAUGGAGAGAAUUCAGCAACUGCAGGCAAAAGCUUUGCAUUUAAAAUCAUUGAGUGGAUCUCUAAGGUUCCCUACAUUGAAGCAUGGAAAGUAUACUUGCAGCAAGAUGUCGUUUUACCAGGAGUUGCUUUAGCUUUGUUGUUUUUCACUGUCCUAAGUUUCGGGACAUUGAUGACAGCAGCCUUGGAAUGGCAAGGGAUACCUGCAUUUGUAAUCGGCAUAGCACGUGGAAUUAGUGCUUCAAUUGGAAUAGCUGCGACUAUUGUGUACCGUAUGCUUCAAUCUCAUAUUUCUACGCUCAGAACCGGACUAUGGUCAGUCUGGUCUCAGUGGAUAUGUCUGCUGGUAAGUGUGGCUUCCAUAUGGGUCAAAAAUAGCCAUAUAUCAGCAUAUAUGCUGAUGGCUGGAGUUGCUACAUCUCGGCUCGGUUUGUGGAUGUUCGACCUAUCCAUCAUCCAACAAAUGCAGGAUGCUGUUCCUGAAUCGGAUCGUUGCAUUGUGGGAGGAGUUCAAAACUCACUUCAAGCUACCUUUGAUUUGGUGGCUUAUGUCAUGGGAAUAGUAAUCUCUAAUCCACAGCAUUUCUGGAAGUUGAACUUGGUAUCCUUUUGGGCGGUGACAAUGGCUGCAUUUCUCUACACAUGGCAUCUAUACCGGAUUCGGAAGCACCUUUUUCACUUUGAGAAGCUGUCGUCCUUACUCAUUAGUUCUGCUCAGCCCUUGUAAGAUGAUAUGAAAUAAAAUGAUAUCCCAAGCAUUGCAUUGCAUGCAAAUUAACAUAUGUAUGAUGUUUGUAAUCUGAACACAGAAAUCUGUCCAUGUAUGAUUAUGGACUGGAGAAAACUUUUUAAUACAAUUUAAAAUUUUGUAAUUUUUAUUUUGAAACAACUACAUCUUAUUUGUUCAUGAAAAUUAAUAUUGAUUGACUUCUUUA